UUUAUUUAUUAGAUGAGUAGAUAUUAAACUUGCAUGAAAGAAAGUCAUUAUCUAAUUCAUAAUACUGAAGAAGCUUAUUCAUGCAUUUUGAGAGAUUAUAUGAAUAAUAUGAACUUUUCUUCUGACUUGCAAGAAAACAAACAAGUUUGAAUCCAGUGUAUUGGUAAAGAAUUUCCUACGCCACAUAUUCUGAUAAAUUAGAAAGAAAGAACUCAAGUGUGCGAAAUUGAUAGAAAAUCAUAUUCUCUCUAUUAAAGCUUUAAAAAAUUCUAUUAUUAAUAUAUAUGCGAAUUUCAUUAAAAAGAUAUAACACAUAUGCAAUUUUCUCAGCCAAUUCAUUCAAAUAUAUAAGUUUUUAGGUAUUUUCACGAGGAAAAGAUCCAAAUACUGUAUCUGGUGCAGUUACGCAUUAGCAACAAUACUUACCAAAAUUUCACUGGCUCCAUGAACCAUGAGCCUUUGACAUGCGUUACUAAGAAUCUCCUAGAUGAAGUAGUUUAAAAAAUAAUUACUGAUUCACAAAUACCAAAGAAAAUAUAUGUACAUGUAAUAGGCAGCGGAACAUUUUUCUAUUCCGAAGCAUUUAAUAGCACUCAGCAAACACAUAUGAAAGAGAAAAAAACAUGGUUUUAUAACUGUAGUGAAUCAUUUUCGAAACUCAAGUAUUUAAAGGAAUUUUUCCGGUCGCAUACAAAAGAGAAACUUAAAGCCGGUUUAUAUAAAUGCAUUUUCUGAGCAAGAAAAUUUAAAAAACAUUUAUAGACUCAUGGAGGAAAGCAAUUCUAUGCAGCCAUGUUUAAACAUACAUUCGCGUCCAAAUACGAAAGAGAAAUCUUACGUCUGCGGGAUGUGUAAUAAAGCAUUUUCACAGCAAGGAAGUUUACAUAGACACAUUAGAAUACAUACUAAAGAGAAACCGUAUGUCUGCAGCUUGUGCAAUAAAGCAUUUAGUAUGCGGGAUGUAUUAAAGGCACAUUUACUGACACAUACGAAUGAAAAGCCGCAUAUUUGUGAUAUUUGUAGUAAAGCGUUUACUAUGCUUCAUGGUUUAAAAGACCAUUUAACAACUCAUUCGACGGAGAAACAGUAUGCCUGUGCUACGUGCAGUAAAUCUUUUUCUCUCAAGAAAUCUUUAAGCAGACAUUUAAAAACGCAUGCAAAAGAAAAAAUAUAUGGUUGCGAGAAGUGCAGUAAAAUGUUUUUUACUGAGGAAAAAUUGCAUAAACAUUUACUGAUCCAUACGAGAUUUUAUAUCUGCGAUGUGUGCUGUAAAUCUUUUGCUCAUCAAGGAAAUUUGAAUGCACAUGUACGGACACAUACAAAAGAGAAACCUUAUGUCUGCAACAUUUGCAAUAAAGCAUUUUCUCAACGUGGACAUUUAAAAACGCAUUUGGAAACACAUACGGAAGAGAAACUAUAUACCUGCGAGGUGUGCAGUAAAACUUUUUCUCUGCAAAGAAAUUUAAAAAGACAUUCAGAGAUGCAUAAAAGACAGGAACCGUACGGCUGUGAAAUGUGCAGUAAAUCAUUUUCAAGGCAGGAAGAUUUAAAUAAACAUUUACUUAUGCAUAUGAGAGAGAAACCAUAUGCCUGCAAAAUAUGUAAUAAAUCUUUUUAUCUGCAAAAAAUUUUAAAUGCACAUUUAAAGACGCAUAUGAAGGAGAAACCAUAUUCAUGCCAGAUUUGUUGUAGAGCAUUUACUCAGAAAUCAAAUUUAAAGCAACAUUUGCGGACUCAUACGAAUGAGAAGCCAUAUGAAUGCGAAUUUUGCCCUAAAGCAUUUUCUAAGCGUGGAAAUUUGAAGUUACAUUUAGGGACGCAUACCAAAGAGAAGCCAUAUAUUUGUGAUACAUGUGGAAAAUCGUUUUCUUAUCAUCACCAAUUAAAUGCACAUUUAUUUAUUGAUGCAUGCAAACAAAAAACUGCACCAAUUGCAUGAACAAAAUUUUUUGAAAAAAUUCAGAAAGGGAAAAUUUAAAGAAUUCCUUUCCUACCAAAGAUUAAGACCAUAUUUCAAAGCGUGACUGAACAUGUAUAAAUUUUAAAAAAUGCAAAACUGUUUUCCUUGCUGUUUUCUUUCAAGACACAUUUACUGAUUCAUGCGAAAUAGAAGUUGUAUAUCGGGAAGUGAAUUUCGAUGUUUCCUGUCGACUACGACUUUGACUAUUUUGACAUUUAUAUGCAGAAUAAAAGCCUUAUGUUUCUCAUAGUAGUCGACCUUUGAUCUACUAAGAGAAUCAAAUGUAAAUCUGCAUGUUUGUGAUUUGUGCAGUUGCAUAUUUAAAAAAAAAAGUUUAAAAUACAUUUACAGACAUAAAUUGAGAUGUAUGUCUGUAUCUAUGCCAGAUAUAUAUGCCAUUUUUGCAGUAAUGAGAUAACAUAUAAUAUUUGAUAUGACAAGAAAAUCCCCAAUAGAGUAAAUGAUAGACAAUUCUGUGUUGUUGUUUUUUUACUUAUGUCACUUAUAUUAUUGACAAGCCCGCUGACGAAGGCAGCCAUUUAAGCCGAGUUUGUGCAGUAGCUUCUGAGGGUAAAGACCCCUGAGCACCCGAGGGCAGAAGUCUGAUUUCUAGCUCUUAUGAAGAUGACACUCACACAUUCGGUUACAUAAUCCCUUUUUACAAUUGGGGGGGGGGGUCUUUCACACACCUCACAGAUAGAACGCAGGGAAACGAACAAUCAUGCCCGAACCAGAACUCGAACCCGGCACGUGCAGAUCCUGGGGAAGACGCGCUACCCCUAGGUCAGGACGCCGGCUAGACAUUUCUUCUUGCCUAUUUCAUUACAUGAAAAUUUACUUAAAUGAAAGAACUUAUCAAGGCAUAUAGUUUUUUUUUUUUUUUUUUUUUUUUUAGAUAUAGAAUACUGUAAAAAAUUACACGAAAUUUUAAUAAUUUAGAACUAAAAUCUUUUUUCUUUAUAUUCGCCAUGUCUUUC